AUGGCCACAGGCGACACGAAUACGUUUCAGAGGCCGAGCCAAUCUCGUCAACGGCCUAUUUUCUCAACGCGAUCAGCAAUUGAAGAUGCAGGUAGACUGGCUCCUAGUGAGGUGUCUCCCGACGCCGUCCGUCGUUCUUCAACAAAUCCAUUUGAACCCAUGACAGCCGCCUCAAGGCCCUCUCCUCGGCGUCAUCCGCAGUGGACUUCAUUUUUCGGUCGUAUUUUCCAGUGGUCCUCUGGUCGAAGCCCUACGCCGGAAUCGCAACAUGUUGAAACUACUUUUACAAAUCCAGUUGACGGGGACGAUGCAGUUGUCGAAGUAAGCUUGGAUCACAAGAAAGACCGCAGUCGACGGCAAGACGUCGGUGCAAGUAUGGCUGCUCAAUCGAGUAAACUAGGCACAUUUUCGGGUGUCUUUGUGCCCACAUCGUUGAAUGUCCUCAGUAUUCUUAUGUUCCUGCGUUUCGGGUUUAUCCUCGGCCAGAGUGGUGUCCUUGGAAUGAUGGGAAUGCUUCUCGCGGCAUACAUCAUUGACCUGUUGACGACGAUGUCAAUCUCGGCAAUUGCAACCAACGGAACAGUACGUGGCGGUGGUGCAUACUACCUGAUAUCUCGCUCCCUGGGUCCCGAAUUUGGCGGUUCUAUAGGGAUAGUGUUCUAUAUGGGACUUAUCUUCAACACAGGAAUGAAUGCGCUUGGUUUAGUGGAUUGUAUUAUUGAGAAUUUUGGCAUCGAAUCGGGCUCUUGGUCGAGGUUCUUGCAGGAAGGGUUCUGGUGGAACUAUCUAUGGGCAUCAACAGUCCUGUGUGUCUGUGUAAUCAUAUGCUUUGCGGGAAGUUCCAUUUUCGCUAGGGCUAGCAACGGCCUGCUCGCCAUUCUUCUUAUCUCGACACUAAGCAUUCCGUUCUCUGCUCUAAUCCAACAGCCGUUCAAAUCGAGCAAACUAGGAAUCGAAUUCACAGGGUUCCGGGUGAGAACCUUUGUCGAAAAUCUGAAGCCUCAUUUGACCAAGGGCGCUGCGGGAAGCCAAUUAGAGCAUCGAGAGAAUUUUCAAGAUCUAUUUGGGAUUCUAUUUCCAGCGACUAGUGGCAUAUUUGCCGGAGCCAACAUGUCUGGGGAUUUGAGAAACCCAAGCAAAUCAAUUCCGAAAGGAACGCUCUCCGGAUUGCUCUUGACCUUCGUAACCUAUACCGCCGUCAUAUUAUCAAUGGCUGCAUCGAUUACUAGACAGUCCUUUUACAACAAUAUCAACGUGAUUCAAGUAACGAAUGUCUCUGGAACUGUCGUGUUGUUAGGGGAAUUUGCAGCCUCCUUUUUCUCCUCGCUAUCGGGUCUCAUUGGCUCGGCUAAGCUCCUCCAGGCCAUUGCGCGCGACAAUCUAGUUCCAGGCCUGACGGUUUUCGGUCGAGCCAACACGAAAAGCGAUAACCCCAUAUUGGCUAUUAUCUUUUCAUUCAUUGUGGCACAAAUCACCAUGCUUUUCGAUAUCAACAAGAUUGCCUCGUUCACAGCUAUGACAUAUCUCAUGACUUUCUUGGCCACCAACCUUGCUUGCUUUCUUUUGAAAAUCGGUUCAGCGCCAAACUUUCGACCAUCAUUCCACUAUUUCAGCUGGGUCACGGCCGCACUGGGUGCGGUUUCCAGCCUUGCAAGCAUGUUCUUCGUUGACGGUAUAUAUGCGACUGGCUGCAUCGUCGUGUUGAUAUUUUUGUUUGUGUUGAUUCAUUAUACUUCUCCGCCUAAAUCCUGGGGAGACGUGAGCCAAAGCCUAAUCUACCAUCAGGUGAGGAAAUAUCUACUCCGACUCAGACAGGAGCAUGUCAAGUUCUGGCGGCCUCAGAUUCUCUUAUUUGUAAACGAUAUAGAUGCUCAGUACAAAAUGGUUCAUUUUUGCAACUCAUUGAAGAAAGGAGCUUUGUUCGUUCUUGGUCAUGUCAUUGUGACCGAUAACUUCACUGACGCAGUGCCGGAGGCGCGUCGUCGACAGGCAUCUUGGACGAAAUACAUCGAAUAUUCAAAAGUCAAGGCUUUCAUAAACCUCACGGUGGCGCCGACUGCAGAGUGGGGAGUUCGCAGCAUCGUUUUAAAUUCUGGACUUGGGGGCAUGAGGCCAAAUAUUGUUGUCAUUGAUCAGUAUCGGCAAGAUCAAGGUAUAGGAGAUAUUUUCCAUCGGAGACAACGAAAGCGACACUCGAAAGCUCUCGAUGUUACUCUGACCCGACAAGGAUCAGACGAGAGCCAUGGAUUCUCACCAUAUAUAAUAAACUCUACGAGUGCACAAACAUAUUUGACAAUUCUCGAAGACCUGCUUUUCAAGUUGCGAAUCAACGUUGCUGUUGCAAGAGGGUUUGAUAACCUGGAGCUGCCAAAUCCAGGGGGCAGGAACGAAAAGACCUUCAUAGAUUUGUGGCCUAUACAAAUGUCUGCAGAGCUUACCGCCGAUCAACAAAGCAAGCAGAAUGUCCUAACAACGAACUUUGACACAUACACCCUAAUCUUGCAGCUUGGCUGCAUCUUGAAUACGGUACCUUCGUGGAAAAAGAGCUACAAACUUCGCGUGGCUGUAUUUGUGGAGUACGAAAGUGACGUCGAGGAGGAACGUGGUAGAGUCUCGACUCUUUUGGAGAAGCUCCGAAUUGAGGCUGAGGUACUUGUACACUGUCUGGCUGGUGGUGAUUUGCAGACCUAUCAGGUUAUCGUCAACGGUGAUACAUCGUCUGCAAGUGAAGAUGUUAUGGCCAAAGUAAACUCUGUCCUCAAAGACGAGAGUUGGUGGAAUGACAUCCGAGAAUAUCGGCACAAGUCCAGUGGCGCUCAACAAUCUAGCCAAUCCUCACGAGCAGCAGAACUGUUAGACGGACUGUCCCAAUGGCCGGUAGCGUCCUUCCAGCAAGGCGCACAGCGUCAAGCGGCGCCGAGAUUUGAAGGUAUAAAAAAUCUCGUACGAUCUGACAGACAGCAACGAAGGAGAUCAAUUUCCAGUUUCCGCGGUAUGAAUGUGAACAUGGGUAUGCAGACAAGCAGACUCCUCGAUUCAAUGGUUAACUACCAUUCCGAUGAAAGUGAGGACUCGAGCAGUACAGACGAUGAUGACGAACCCGAGCCUUAUGUGAGCGAUAGCGAGGAUGGAUCUACUACGCCACGCACUAGAGUUGCAACACCAAGGAUCAUGAACGCAAUGGGUACGCCAGAAAACCUGUCGCCCAGCAACACCGCUUCCAUGGAUCCAGCACAGGACGAGCGGGACGAGAGCAACGAUACGGCACCAGAAAUGCUUGGGAUAAGCAGCUCAAAUACCGAUGCCGUCGCAGGGGACUCAUCAUCAUCCCUUUCACGUCCCGUGUUCAGUAGAGCCCCCUCGGGAAACAGAUUUUCAUCGUCACCUAUCCCAGAAACAAGAGUAAAUCAGACCGAAGACAUAGGACGAUCAAUCAUGUUCUCUGAUUCACCCCCACGCACAGGACAACCUGUCAACAGUCAAACAUCCGACACUACUCCUUUCCACUAUCACGAGUCAAUAUACGCCAAUCACAACCGUCCCACAGCAGGCUCAGCGGCAAACAAAACACCGCAUCCAGCAGCAUCAGGUUACCCCAGCCACGCCGCCAUGCCUCUAUCCUUCAAUGACCUACCCUGUCGCGCCCAGCACCUCAUCCUCAACGAACUCAUAACCCGACACAGCGCCGAGACAGCCGUGAUGUUCACCACGCUCCCUUCCCCGAUCGAGGGUACAUGUCUCGACAGUGCAUCCAGCGAGGCGUACCAAUAG